AUGUCGUCUUUGAUACGUGACUCAACCAGCGUAGUUUAUCGAUGCGAGUGGUGUGGGUCGACAGAACACCUGCGAAGGUGCGGUAGAUGUCACGGAGCUUACUAUUGUUGUAGAGAUCAUCAAAGAGAACAUUGGUCGAUACACAGAUCUGUUUGUCGAAUUACACCGGAUCCCUCAUCUCAAGGUAGUUUCGAUGAAAUAGGUGCUUGCGGUGGCCAGCCAAGGUCAGAGCUCGAAGUAUUUAACGUCAUAAAUACGCAAUUACCCGAGCCGAAUUACGUUCAUUCGCAAGACACUGACUUUGGACUAGGAACAGGAAUCAAUUCACCAGAUAGUUUUGGAUUGACGUCGCUUUUAGAAACUGUAGGUUUACAUUCAAAUUCCAUUUCGCCACUUCACCAACAACAAUUUAACAAUUGGUGUGAAAUUGAUAGUGAUAAACCUAAUACCAUUACUGGUAUUAGUAAUAAUAUUAAUAGUACCACUUCAUCUUUGUUGCGUUCCACUAUCCAUUCUCAAGUUCAAGCUAAUUGUUUUUCACGUCCUUGUAUCUUAUCAACUGCAACUAAUAAUCCAAAGCAACAGCCUUUGGAUUUGAAUCUUGACUUUGGGCUUCAUUUUGGACAUGCUGAUCCUAGAAUUGGUGAAAAGAUGUCGGAGUCAAGUGCUAAUUUAGUUCCCAUGACUUUAUCAAACAGUUCUAAUGUAAGAGGAAUGUCAAGAGGUCAUGCAGAUGAUCUUCUACUGUCAUCAUGUCAUUUUCCAAAUAUAACAGCUCAAACUGAUAAACGGAAUGAUUACAGUACAGGCAUUAAACAAAAUACAAUACCUGUACAGCCCAACUUGCCAAGUGCUACUAGUAUGGGUUAUGAAGGUUGUAGGCCUCUUGUUACUGUUACCUCGCCAAAUUUCAUAAAUGGAAACUCAUGCUUUCCCAUGUCUUAUAAUAGCAAUAUCAGGGCCUCGUCAUAUUCCACACCAUUACAGUCACAUUUUCCAUCUACAUCUAAAGCAGUAACUGGUUUUGAUUAUCCUGAAAAAUCUUACAAUAAAGAAAUAAUGAAACAGUUAGAAAGCAGACCUGCAGAUGUUCCAGUAAUGCCACUUGUGGGUUCUUCCAGCUCAUCAGCUCAAGUAUCAUCACAGUCAAAUAACAGAUUUCAUAGAGAAUCUCUAGCUGCAGGUCACAGUCAACAAUGGAUUGAACAAAUGUCAAGAAAUAUCAUACAUGAUCUGAAUGUUUAUGGCAUCUGUGUUAUAGAUAAUUUUCUUGGAAAGGAAAAAGGUGAUACUAUUUUAAAAGAAGUAAAAGGAAUGUAUGUUACAGGAUUAUUUCAAAAAGGUCAGUUAGUUAGUACAAAAGCACCAAUGAUAUCACAGUCUAUUCGUGGUGAUCAUGUCACUUGGGUAGAUGGAAGUGAACCAUACUGUGAAACUAUUAACUAUUUAAUGGAAAUAUUAGAUCGUGUGAUUUCAUGCUGCAAUGGAAUGCCAAACAAUGGCCUUUUUAGCAAAUAUAAACUCUGUAAAAGAACCCAGGCAAUGGUUGCCUGCUAUCCAGGAAAAGGUACACAUUAUGUUAAACAUGUAGACAACCCAAAUCAGGAUGGUCGUUGCAUCACCAGCAUAUACUACCUCAAUAAAGGAUGGAAUGUUAAGGAAAAUGGUGGUUUGUUGCGUAUGUUUCCUGCUGGACAUGCCAACCAAGUGGUAGACAUAGAGCCUAUUUUUGACAGAAUUUUGUUCUUCUGGUCAGACAGACGUAAUCCACAUGAAGUUCAACCAGCUCAUGCUAUCAGGUUUGCCAUAACUGUUUGGUACUUUGACUUAGAAGAAAGAAAUCAGGCCCUGUUGAGAUUUCAGGAAAAAAAGACAGCACAGCAUGCGAGAAGCCAAAUACAUUGAAAUGACAGGACCUGGAAGGCUAUUUGCUAAUUGAAUAUGACUUUACAUGAGUAAUGUUACUUCAGAGUGUAUUAUGUUUCUCAACACUUAACAUUUAAUUAUUAAGCUAUAUGAUACUUACUCUGAUAUUUUCGCCUUGUUUUUUGGUUAUCUUUCAGUAUCUUGCAAAGAAAUUAUUGCUUUUUUUUUUACCAAUGUUUUUAAUUCACGGUUAAAAUAAAGUUGAAAAAAUAUUAAAACUUCUGUUGUUACACAAAGCAUAUCAUCUUGAACAUGUAAGAGAAAACAUAAAAUAUCUUUGAAACAAAUUGAUUGUUAGGUGUCAUAAAAAGUAAAUAUCUGUUUAUGUUUAUGAAGUAGUAACCUGUAAGAAGCAGCUUUUGCAUGUUUUAAGUAUUACCAUGCAGCAAGAAACUUUAAUUUGAUAGAAGAAAGGAUGAUAAGAUUAUUCCUGUAAAAUGUGAAAUGAAGUAAUGUUAGUCAUUGCAUAUUCUUCUUAUAAGAAGUAAGUGAUGUUGUAGAAGAAUAUGCAUGAAUAUUUGUUUUACAGAAGUGUUGAUUUUUUUUUUAAAUGAUAAAUUCUGAGUAAAGUAUUUUAUAUAUAGAUGGUUAAUGGUAAGGAAACUGUGCCUUUUUAUGGUGGUAUUUACAGUUUACUUACAAGUUUUACCUUUUCCUAGCUGUCAUUUUUUUUGUCAGUAUGUUGUAGCAUAACAAAUUAAAAUAUUUCUCUGAAAUACCUUGUGACUGAUGCACACCCAAAUUUGUAUUAAAUAUUGAAGAGCUAAUUAUUAUGAUUAUUAAUUAAAAAUAAUUAUAAUAAAAGUACCUGUCAAACUUCUCCAUAGUUUCAUUGGCAUAAUACUAGCAUUAUUGCCAACAUAAUUUAGCGAGUAUUGCAGUAUGAGACUCCUUUAGUAGAAAAAUAUUACAUCGUCAAGAUAAGGUGUUCAAUUAAAUGUGAUUGGAUGUGCAAGUUUUUUGUGCAUGUAAAACACUAAAAAUUAUUUUAUUUUAUGGACACUUAGUCAUUUCUACAUACAAAAUGGUGGCAUGAUAGUUAACUAACAAGAUUUCCAUAAUCCUAAAGCAGUGCAAUGUGACACCAGAUUAACAGAUGUAGAUAGAGUACAUUAAUGGAAAUUUUCUGAAGUAGUAGCAGAGUUGAAUAAUCAUAUUAUAUAUAAUGUUAUGUAAUAAGACUUCUAAGAAAUAUAUAUUUGUAUAUAUAAAUAUUUGUCGUGUGUAUUGUAUAAAAUGUCAUUAUUUAACAUUGAGUUAAAAUUUAAUACACGUUAUAACAGGUAAGUAUUUCAAAAUCUGAGGAUUCCAUAAUUACGAUGAGUAACUUCAGAGGAUUAGCUAAAAGUACUAAAAUUACUUGUUAGUGGUCUAAUGAUGUUUUUAAGGAAUUGUAUGCUGCUGUUUUGGAAAUAAAAAAUCAGUCAUUUCUAU